AUGAUCGGUUUCAAUCAGUUAUCCAUAGUCAAUUGUGAGAUGUACAUUUCAAAUUUUUUGGAAUCCGCAGUUGUGUAAGUUCAAGUAGUAAAAUAUUCAAUAGAAAUUGAAGAACAACAAUGAUGGAUAAAAUCAAAGAAAUUGACUAUGCUUGCGACUCGCGACCAGAAACAUUUAAAAGAGAAGAUCAUUUGGCUACAAAAAUCAAAUCAGUUCGCCAAGGACGAAAAACUUAUCUGCGCAAUGUAAGCAAAAAGACUUUGGCAAAAGUAUUCGAUGUAACACACAACCAAAAAACUAUUCAGAAAGGAAAUAAAGCAGUUCAGGAAAGACGAAGGCACUACGAGUGUAAUGUGUGUCAAAAAUCAUUUUCACUUCAGCAAAACCUAAAUAAACACCUAAAAGUAGUACAUCAAGGACAAAAGAAUUACGAGUGCGACGUGUGCCACAAAAAAUUUUCAGAUCGUAGCAACUUGAAGACGCACCAAAAAACAGUUCAUGAAGGACGAAGGGACUACGAAUGCGACGUGUGUCAGAAAAGAUUCACAGAGAAGACUUCUUUGCAAAUACACAUAAAAGUAGUUCAUAAUAAACAAAAGGACUACGAGUGUGACGUGUGUCAAAGAACAUUUUCGAGUAAGAGCUACAUGAAGAUACAUAAAAAAGUAGUUCACGAUAAACAAAAGGACUACGAGUGUGACGAGUGCCACAAAGUAUUUUCACAGCAAGGCAACUUGAACAUACACGUAAAAACGGUUCAUGACAAACAAAGGGACUACGAGUGCGACGUGUGCCAAAAAUCAUUUUCACUUCAGAGCAACUUAAAUAAACACCUAAAAGUAGUUCAUCAAGGACAAAAGGAUUACGAGUGCGAUAUGUGCCACAAAACAUUUCCGGAUCAUAGUCACUUGAAGAUGCAUCAAAAAACUGUUCAUGAAGGACGAAGGGACUACAAAUGCGACGUGUGUCAAAAAGCCUUUUCAGGUUCAAGCAGUUUAAAAGAGCACCAACGAUCAGUUCAUGAAGGACGAAGGAAUCAUAAAUGUAACGUGUGCGAACAUGGAUUUACACGUUCGAAACAUUUGGAAAGACACCGAAGAACUGUUCAUGAAGGACAAAUGGACUACGUUUGCGAAGCGUGCCCAAAAGUAUUUUCACGUUUGGGAAAUUUGAAAGAACACCAAAGAUCAGUUCACCAAGGACCAAAGGACUACAAAUGCGACAACUGCCAAAGGGCGUUUGCAUCAAAACAGAGUUUAAUCUAUCAUCAUAAAGUAGUUCACGACGAACGAAAGAACUACGAAUCUGACGUGCGCCACAAAGCAUUUUCACAGCUAGGCAUUUUGAAGAAACACAAGAAAACAAUUCAUGAAGAACAGAAAGACUACGAGUGCAACGUAUGCCAAAAAUUAUUUUCAAGUUCGAGCAAUUUGAAAGCACACCAAAGAUCAGUUCAUGAAGGACGAAGGGACUACGAAUGCGACGUGUGUCAGAAAAAAUAUUCACGGCAUAGCGACUUGAAAAAACACAUAAACACAGUUCAUGACAAACAAAAGGGCUACGAGUGCGAAGUGUGUAAGAAAAAUUUUUUUCAAAGGGGAGACUUGAAAAGACACCAAAUAACAGUUCAUGAAGGACAAAGGGAUUUUGUGUGCGACCUGUGCCAAAAAGCGUUUACAACAAAUAAGUUUUUAUCAAUUCAUCAAAAAAAAAUUCAUGCAAGCCAAAAAGCGUUUGAAACCAAUCAUUAUUUGACAGAUCUACACGGAAUGGUUUACGAAGGAGACGAUGAAUGCAACGCGAGUCAGGAAGUAUUUUCAGAACAGAGCAACGAGAUCGAGCACCAAAAAUUAAUAAAUGAAGAACAAAUAAAAUAUGUCCCAGAAGUAUAUAAAGACAACUCGUUGAACUUCAAAUUAACUGAUCAUGACGAGCAAAGUUACUUCGAAACACAUAACGUUUUUCGAAAAAAGUUUUUCAAAGGCCAGAAGGGCUAUGUAAGCGAUGUUAUGUCUAAACGUUACGAGUCUUAAUUUUAGAUUCGAGUUGUAUGAAUGAACUAAUUGUCAAAAGUUAUUGGAGGAGACAUAUACACCUUGAAAUCCUUUUUAUUUUAUUUAA